AUGGAGGAUUUAAUUAACUACCAGAAUGAGUUACUGGAAAACUUGAAAAACAGCGAAAAGAAUUAUAAGAAGUCACCGAAAGACAGAAUAAAACGUCCUUAUUUACAAACAAGACUGGACUUGUUAGAAGAACUGAGGAAUGAAUUCAAGGAGGGUCACAAGUGUAUUGUUAUGAAAACUACUGAUGCGGACAGAGAAGAUGCUUAUUUUGAGAAAAACAUUUACGAGCAAUUUGAAGAAAUAUACAUCAACUAUAGAUCAACUUUAAGAGAAGCCUUUCAGCCGUUUUUGGAAGAAUCAAAAUUUCAACCCGCCUUAUCUCAAUCCUCCGCAGCAAGCGACGUCGACGUACUUGAGUUCAAGAAUCGCGGAAUAAGGUUGCCAAAUAUACGGAUACCUACAUUCACCGGGAAGUACGAGGAGUGGCAACCGUUUUACGACCUGUUCCGAACUCUAAUCCAUGACAAUGGACAUCUGUCACGAGUACAGAAGCUGCAUUACCUAAAAAGUAAUUUAUCUGGAGAACCUGAGGUACUAUUACGAAACUUUUCUAUAACGGAUACAAACUAUGAUGAAGCUUGGAAUCAAUUAAUAAAACGUUACAAUAAUACGAGAUUUAACAGCAACGCAAUUUUGAAGACUUUGUUUACGCAAAAACCUGUGCAAUUGGAAUCGGCUAGUUUAAUCAAACAACUAGUAGACACAACUUCAACUUGUUUGAAAGCUUUGAAAAACAUGGGUGUGCAGACUGAUACCUGGGAUAUGGUAAUUAACUAUUUAGUUGUGUCGAAGUUGGAUGCUGAAACUAUAAAAUUGUGGGAACAACAAAUUAGUAUAACCUGUAAUAACGACAUACCCUGUUGGUCAGAAUUGCAAGCAUUUCUAGAAGCGAGGUUCAGAGCUUUAGAUAUGAUAGAGAGUACUAAAAUUAAAACAGUGCAACCCAAACCAAUAGCGAAACCUAAGGUUUUCCAUUCAAAUGUUACCAGCAGCAGCGGCGGAAAAGGGCCCGAAGCAAAAUGUGCCUUGUGUGAUGGUGAACAUUACAUCUGUUCUUGUAAAAAAUUUGGAGAAAAAGCACUAAAAGAACGGCAAGAAUUUGUGCAGACAAAGAAACUAUGCUUCAAUUGCUUGGCGCCUUCACACUCCGUGAGCAAGUGUCGACAGUCGUCGUGUUGCAGAAAAUGUGGAUUGCGUCAUCACACUCUUCUGCAUUUCGAGAGAGGACAGUACAUCGAGAAACCAAAGCAAGGUGAAACUUCAAGUUCAGGUAUAGCGAACGACAAAUCUACAGGUGUGGGAGAGAGACAAACAAAAAUCAAACAUAAAGUUAUACUGUGCGUCAAAUCAUGUCACAAUCCCAAUGCCUCGCUGAAAGAAGAUGAAAUGCUUAAGUUAUUUUGGGAGCUAGAGAACGAGCCAAACAUCCUACAAAAAAGAUUGUCAAAGGAAGAAGAAAGAUGUGAAGAGUAUUACGAAGCUACAACGACCAGAGACAAUGAAGGAAGAUAUGUGGUAAAAUUACCAUUCAAGGACCAUCACCCAGAAGGUCAACCUAAUGGAUUGAAGGAAAUAGCUGCAAAAAGGUUUGAGUUACUAGAGAAGAAAUUCGCUAAAAAUAGUAAAUAUCAUGAAGAAUACAGCAAGGUUUUGGAAGAAUACAUUGAUUUAAAUCACAUGAUUGAAGUGGAGCCUAAGGAUAUCGAUAAUUCUAAAGCAGUUCUUUGA